UUAUUUUAUUUUUUUAAGGUGGGAGAAUCUUGAAGUUAGGAAAGUACACAGUGAACGGAGACGCCCACUCCAAACUCUAGGAGUCUUUGCUCGUCAAAGGGGAUACAGCCAUGAUGGUUCUCUAGCGCAACUUUAGAUCUCUCCGCUUGGCUGGGAUGAGGCUGGUGAGCUGGAACGUAAACGGACUCCGGGCUGGGGCGGGAUCUGCGGGACUGCAGCUGCUCCUGGAUUCGUUGGGGGCGGAUGUCAUUUGCCUGCAGGAGACCAAGAUUACCCGGGACCUGCUGGAGGAGCCAUUGGCUAUAGUGGAGGGCUACAACUCUUAUUUCAGCUUUAGCCGCACCCGCAGUGGCUACUCAGGUGUUGCCACGUUCUGUAAGGUCAAUGCCACCCCAGAGGCAGCUGAAGAAGGCCUGUCUGGGCUGUUCGCUAAGCAUGACGGGGCAGUGGGUUGUUAUGGGGACACAGAGGGCUUCACACCUGAGGAGCUUCAGGCGCUGGACAGUGAGGGCCGGGCUGUGAUCACCCGUCAUCGUAUUUGCACUUCAGAACAACAGGAGACCAAGCUGACAGUCAUCAAUGUGUACUGUCCCCGUGCUGACCCUGAAAAGCCAGAGCGCAGGGACUUCAAGCUGCGAUUCUACCACCUCCUGCAAGCUCGGGCUGAGGCACUUCUCCGAGCUGGAGGGCAUGUGGUCAUCCUGGGUGACAUCAACACAGCACAUAAGCCUAUUGAUCACUGUGACCCAGGAGAUCUGGAAUCCUUUCAGGAGCAUCCUGGGCGGCGCUGGCUGGACAGCUUCCUGUGGGAGCCAGACAAAGAUUCCCAGGAUGGGAAACUCUUUGUCGAUACCUUUCGCUUUCUGCACCCUGGUCAGGAUGAUGCCUACACCUGCUGGUGCAACGUAACCGGCUCCCGCCAGCUCAACUAUGGCACCCGUAUUGACUACAUCCUGGCUGAUCAUGCACUGGCAUUGUCGGAGCUGAAGGAUGCCCAGCUCAUGCCAGACAUGCUGGGCUCUGACCACUGCCCUGUGCAGGCCGUGCUGGAAAGUGUCUGCCUGGGGGUGGCCCACUGUCCACCCCUUUGCACUCGCUUCCUGCCCGAGUUUGCCGGCACCCAGCAGAAGCUCAGCCGCUUCCUGGUGAAAGUGGAGCGCAGCAGCCUGCUGGAGGAUAGGGGCCAAAAACGAGGCGAGGCUGAACCAAGUGCUGUGGGGAGUUCCAAGAAGAGACGGGCAGGCCCACUACAGAAGGAGCAAGGGGAUUUGCGCAGCUACUUCAAAGCUGGAAACUGCCUGCCUGGGGUCACUGCCAACAGUACCAAGUGCCAGUUGGUCAUGAGCAUGAUGCACAGGACAGCAGAGGAUCCUGGAGGAAAAUCUCUUUCUGACACCCCUGAAAGGACAGUUGAUGAAUGUCAGAUAGAGGAAGUUGCUGGUGUAACCCAGGCAUGCCCUGGGAUUUUGGGAAAGGAACCUGCUGUGGGUGUGGCCAAUGGCGAAGCUAUGGAUUGUGGGAAAGGCACUGUUCCUUCAGCUGCCUUGUGGAAGUCACUGCUCUCGGGCCCUGCUCGCGCACCUCACUGCAAGGUUCACGGGGAGCCCUGUGUUCUGCGGACAGUGAAGAAGCAAGGGCCAAACUGUGGGCGGCGCUUUUAUGUAUGUGCCCGGCCUCUGGGGAAGCCCUCUGAUCCUCGUGCACGUUGUGACUUCUUUUUGUGGGCCAGUCGGGGGAAUCCUUGAGUUAGAAGAUGAACUGAAAUGAGAGGAUGCUGGAUCUUUGAUGACUCCUCCCCCAGAAAUGGAAUAUAGGUGCUUGGCUUCAAAAGGUUGGGAUCCUAGAUGGUCUACUGCCUAAGGAAAAGUGAGGGGAACUCCUCCAUGGCAUAGUAAGUCAAACUGCUCUGGCCAGGAGUUUCUGUGGGGGCUGUGCCUCUGGCGACAUUCAUUCACACCAGAACAUGUUGGGCUCACCUUGAACCACUUGUGAGUUCUGAAGGCCUUGAUACCAGGCCCAAAGGACAGAGACAUCAUUUAAACAGCAAGAGUUAACUGAUUGUUAUUAACAGUUUUGCAUAGAUCUUGGUGCUAGGACUAACACAGACCUUGGGAAUGCACAUGCAGGUUGUUCUUUGUGAUAAUACAGUUUCUGAUUUCUGAGGGUUACAGAUUUCCUCAUGUCAGCUAAACCUACAGCACUGGUAAAGUUGGGCUCCAUUCAAGCACUGUGUGGAGAUGCUCUUGAUUAAUGCUCUUGCAAUCUUUUCCCCUUAACCCUCCCCCUUUGUAAAGAUUAUGAUAAUGUCAUUGCAGAGAGAUGAUACAUCCUUGUUUGGAAAAAAAUGUCUUUUCUACUUUUCAUGAAAUAAAGACGU